CCUCCAGUCUUUCCACUAUUCCCACUAUUCCCAUUUUAUUCCAACUAUAUUCCCACUAUUCCUACUCUAUUCCUACCACUUCCUACUAGCUCGACAUGGCUGUCUCCGGCUUCGAGGGCUUUGAGAAGCGCCUAGAGCUUCACUUCUCUGGAGACAACCCCCUCGGCCUCCGCUACCUAUCGAUCGAUGAUCUCCAGCAAGUGCUCGACGCCGUGCAGUGCAGCAUCGUCUCCGCCGCCGGUAAUCACUCUUUCGAUGCCUACGUGCUAUCCGAAUCCAGCCUCUUCCUCUACCCCCACAAGAUCAUCCUCAAGACCUGCGGCACCACCCAGCUCCUCCGCUCCAUCCCGUCCCUCCUCCACCACGCCGCCGACCUCGGCCUCCGCCUCCACUCCUGCCGCUACUCCCGCGGCAGCUUCAUCUUCCCCGCCGCCCAGCCAUUCCCCCACACCAGCUUCUCCGACGAGGUCCGCUUCCUCGACGCCCGCCUCCCCCCCACCCUUCGCUUCAGAAAAGCCUCGGUGAUGCCCUCCGCCACUUCCCCGCAUUCUUGGCACGUCUACUCCGCCGCCGACGACGAGUUCUCGGUGCUGCCACCCUGCGGUCCCACGAUAGAAGUGUGCAUGACGGAGUUGGACCGCUCACUGGCACGGCGGUUUCAUCGUCGGAAGGGCGACGACCGCUCGGGCGACGAAGCCGGGGCGGAGAUGACCGAGUUGACCGGGAUCGGCGGCAUCAACCGGCGGGCUCUCGUCUGCGGCUUCGCCUUCGACCCAUGCGGUUACUCGAUGAACGGCCUCGACCGCGACCGCUACUCGACGAUCCACGUCACGCCGGAGGACGGCCACAGCUACGCCAGCUUCGAAUGCGUCGGUGGAGGGGAUAUGAUGGAUUAUUUAAGGAAGGUCGUGAACGUAUUCCGGCCAGUUGCGGUGUCGGUGUCGGUCUCCGGCGGCGGCGGCGACGAGGGCGGGGUGUGUUCGGCGGUGGCGAAUGCGUUGGAACCGCUCGGGCUGAGCUGCAGGAACCGAGCGGCCGAGGAUUUUCCCGGGGCGGGGACGGUCACGUACCAGACGUUUACGGCUCGCCGGAAGUAAUCAAAUUGUGGAGGUGGUCAAACGCAAGGAAGUGGUUGUUGAGAAAUUGUUGCUAUUUGCCAGCCUUAGAGGAAACAAGAGGGAGAGUUUUGCUCCAUGGGGAGUUGGAGGCUUUUUCUUGUGGGGGAUGAUGAUGGAAUGCAACAAGAGAGUGUAGCUGACACUGGAAAGGAGGGUGGGAGGAAAAGGUUUUAAUUAAGGGUUGGAUGGAUGGGAGCAGUAUAAUAUAGUACUCCACUUUAGAGUGUCACGCCUGAUGGAU